AGGCUGCGGGGCGACACUCAGCCAUGCGCUCGUGCAGUUAGCCACAGAUGGAGCUUGUGCUGCAGACACACACUCAGAGGAGCUGAAGGGGGGCUGAUGUGAACAGAAGGUGCUCGACCGCAGCUCAUGCAGCCGCUGAUACUAUGGAAACUAAAGAGCUGAGCCAUGGAAAUAAUGACGGCUAUGAUGCUACAGGAUCCUGAAGGAGAUGUUCACCUUGUUGCCGUCCAGCGCUGUUCUGAUGCGGAGCGGGUGCUGCUGACGGGGUCAUGGGCCGCCACAUCAGGGCUUUCUGCACGCUCGCCAUACGUGACAAAACAUUUAACACAUGCGACAACACGCUCCACAGCGCCACUGAAAGACAAGAGUGCAGUCUUCUCGCCACGACGACAUAAGCACGGCUUUAGCGUGCAGCAGAACUUCUGGUUCCAGGCUCUUAGUUGAUUCUCUGCGGCGUGUCUGAUGAGGAUGUCUGAUACGGUGAGUGUGCAAGAGAGCGGUGAGUCCAUGAGAGCACUAAAUGAAAACAACACGACUACAGCCAACGAUGACAUCAUCACGCCACAGAGCUGCAGGCAAAAACAGCAUGAUGGAGAUGAAAACUGCAAUGAUGACAGAAGUGCCAUACAGCGACAAAAACCCGGAGAGAGCUCUAAACGGCCAAAGUCUAAAACAAAAUUAAAGCUAGUUCGGAGUCUGGCCGUGUGUGAAGAACCGUCUCCUUCCACUGUUACCACACAACUGCCUCAAGAUCAGCAGGAUGAAGCUCAGAUUAAACUGUCUCAGAUGUUUGACACAGAGGAGACGCUUCUUACUACAAAUGAGGAUAAUGAGGACAAAAGUGCCAUCAAGCUGGACAACCUGGAGAAGAUGCCGUGCAAGAUGCUGUCUAGAGACUCCAGUCAAGAGUACACAGACUCCACCGGCAUUGACCUGCAUGAGUUCCUGGUGAACACACUGAGGAACAACCCCAGAGACAGAAUGAUGCUGCUGAAGCUGGAACAAGACAUCCUCGACUUCAUCAGUCACAACGAGAGUCAGAGAAGGAAGUUUCCUCCCAUGACAUCGUAUCACAGAAUGCUUCUACACAGAGUCGCUGCGUACUUCGGCUUGGAUCAUAACAUCGACCAGACCGGCAAAUGUGUCGUCAUCGACAAAACCAGCAAUACAAGAAUACCAGAUCAGAAGUUCUCUGAACACAUCAAAGACGACAAAACCGAUGACUUUCAGAAGCGCUGCAUCUUAAAAAGGGACUCCAGCACAGACAAAGACGACAUUGCGAUGCGAAUGCAACUCGGAUACGACAGGAGAAGCAAGUCGAUCGAGGAGCGAGAGGAAGAAUAUCAGAGAGCACGAGAGAGGAUCUUUGCUGAUGGUUUAGAUGCGUUCCAGCUUGAUAAAAGGAUUCAGGAGGUGUGUAACAACAUACAGCAAAGACGACAGAUCUUCAGGUUGCAGGACAGUCGAUCAGGAAGCAGCCGUCAGAGCAGCUCAGAGAACGAGGGCAAGUAUUCAGAGCCACGGCCGUGGAGCAGCACGGAUUCUGACAGCUCCAACCGCAUUCUGAAGCCUGCCAUGACCAAAGCCAGCAGCUUCAGUGGGAUUCCGGUGCUGAUGCGAGGAGACAGUUCCAGCAGCUGUAAGAGUGUGGGACGCCUCUCAAAGACGGGUUCUGACUGUAGUAGUGUCGGUUCCUCUACGGGUUCACUGUGUCGACCGCAGCCGCCCGCGCCGGUUCUAACUCCUCUGAGCUAUCCUGCUGUCAGCACUAGCAGCAGCAUUCCCUACGAGCUGCCAGUCCCCACGGCUAACGGCAGCUGCUAUCUGCUUUCUCUGGAAGCCGCGGGGAUUCCGCCGGGCAGCGUGCUGCUCUGCCCGCAUACAGGUCAGCCGUUUGUAAAUCCUGACGGCAGUGCUGUAUUGUAUAACCCCGUGACCCCGCUGGACUCGAGUACACAACCGUCUUUACCGCCCCCUCCACCUGUUCAUCACCAGCACCAGACAGCCAAUCACAUCAUAGCACAGCCUCUCUGGUCUGUUCAGACGUCUGCUCUUCCCGUCCAGCACUCGACAGCGUCUUACCCACCACAGAUCCUCUCAGUGUCUCCUAAUCAACACUAUACUGUGCCACAGGAUAAUCUAAGUGGUCAGUUUAGUCACAUGACUCUGGUGCGGCAGCCCUCAGGGGAUGCUCGUGAUGCUCACACCGUUGUUUACCCCUCACCUGUGACACUCCAAAGCCCCACGCCACUGCCACAGCAGCAGGCUGGUUACAUGGUGCCCUCGCCCAGACAGACUGUACCCACAUCUGCAUUUCCUGCGACAGCCACAGUCAACCAGCCCAUCAUACAGCCGCAGCAGAGCUACAUGCAUCCGCAGAUGGCAGCGUGUUAUUGCUCAUCCAGUCAGUACUCUGUGUGUGGGCAUCAGUAUCGUCCGGCGGGCAGCGUACAGUACAGCAACACUCACAGUCAAACGAUACCCCCAUCAUCACACACACCUGCCCAGCAGACAGGUUAUCAAACUGUAAUGUCAAAUCAACAGAGUUAUCAGAACGUCCUCCAGCAGCCUCCGAAUCAACCACUGAUCAACAGUCCACACAGCAGUAUGAUGCUGCAGUGCCCAUCAGUGCCCUCGUAUCAGGUGUCGAUGCCUCCAGCAGUGCAGCAGCCUGUAAUGAGCUCUGCGCAGGUGCCUGCAUCCAACAUACAGGUGUAUUACAGUAUUAUACCACCCAGCCAGCACAACAACAGCAGCUCAUCGGUGGGGUUUUUACCCCCUGCUGGGGCAGAACAGAUGCCGUUCCCCCGCACGUCACCCCACUGCAGCUCGCAACAGAUUCCCGCUCAGCAGUGCUCAAGUGUGCCGCCUGCUCCUCCUGCUGGUGGUGUGGUGAUGAUGCAGCUGGCACAGUGGAAACACAAUAAACACUACAGCUCAGAACACACACAACUGUGCAGCUCGUCCUCCUCCCCACCCCCCGACCCGACCGGUGUGAAGAACAGCCGCCCGCUCCACGCUCUUCCCAUCAUGCCUCAGUUCUCCAGAUCAUUCGUCUGUGGACAGGGUGACGCGCGGUGUCCUCUGCUGGGUCAGACGCUGCAGUACAGCGCUCGCAUGCCACCGCCCACACUGACCAGUCAUCAGAGUUCUGUGGGAAUACGUCACGCCGGUCGAGGCAGAAGGCCGCACAGGAAAGCGCUCUCUACAGAUCUCAGUGUAGGUGAAGCAGGGAUGGGCCGUAUGUUGGAGGUGAGGGAUCGGCCCACAGACACCGUGACUCUGCUGACUGAUGUGUGUGCGGCCGGAGCUUCAGUCACGAGUCCCACGACCACCAAGACAAAUACUGCGACCUCUGACAUCAUCCUGCUGACGUUCCCCUCCACACAGGCGUCACAGAAUGCCCUCCUGACUCAUAGCUGACCUCUGACCCCAUUUACAGUAUCUCCGGGGGCACUCUUCACCCGGUUACGUGAAUGCGUUUAAAGAGACAAACGCAGCUGUUCUCUCAUUGGACAAUUGACUGAAACGUAUGAACAGCAGCCGGAACUUGUCAUUUUUUUUAUUUAAAAUAUCUGCUGUUCUUUUGCCAUCUGCGAUUUAUUGUCAGUUUUCCAUCACUUCUUCACCAGCUGUCGACUCUCGGUACGGGUGUCAUGAUGUGCCUUCAGUCCCAUGAACGAACAUGACAAACACAGCGUGCUCCUUUCUGUCAAUCAUUUAUAAAGUAGCUGUAAAAUUCACUCGACGACUCUGUGUGUGAAUAGACGCAUGCAAGAGCGACAGCUUUGGGAUUUUAAUUUAAGACGUUUCAGAAAAUGACUCCACGGCUCAUCAGAUCUUCCCGUGACACAUUUUAAUAACUUGUGUUUUUUGUCUUCACGUGUCUAAUCUUUUACUGUUUUACGGGGGAAAAUAAAAAGAGAAUAAGAUGACAAAAAGAGUAACAACAGUUUGCACAUUUAUACAUCUCAGUGUAUAUAAAUAAAUCUAUUUUUCUUUUUUCGUGUAAGAGUAUGUGUUGAGUCUGAAAGACUGCAUUUUCGUUUGUUUGACAGCCAAUAAAUGUUUACAUCAAAUGAUCUACUUUAUCAAAAACAGACUCGGGGAAUUUCAAUAUAAAAUUGACUGUUGUUGGC